AUGUCUUCUUCAUCCAGCAACAAGACCGACAGCGCCAAGCAGGGCAACUCCGAAGAUGAGACCACCAUUCGCGAGGCCUCUCAGAUCCUGUUCGAUGCGAUCGAGGGCGGCGCUUCGACCGCGACGCCUCCCAGCAAUGAGAGCAUUGACAAAGCGUCGGAUCAGGGCAAAGAUGCUGCAGUAGAUGGUGAAGUCGUCGAGACCAAAGCCGCUCAAGCAACCACAAGUCAGAGCGCUCCCACCGCGGGAACCUCAACUCCAUCUACGAAAAAGACAAAGUGGAAGUCGAUUGUGCCAGAGCCACAUAACUACACCCAGCUGGAGCUGGACGCAAUCGAGGGACUGUUCAAGAUGAGGUAUUCGCAAGACCCGCGGGUGAGCUACUCGCCUCUCACACCACCAGCGCCUGAAGCAGGUCAGAAAGAUGACGGAGAGUAUCCCUUCCCCAGGGCGGAUGGUGGUGGGGAAGUUGAGAAAGCUCAGCAGGGCGGAGGUGAUGGUGAGGAGGGAGGAAAGGAUGGCGAAGAGAGCGAGGAGACGUAG